AUGGAUAGUAUGUGGAACACAGCUGCGGGUUGCAUCAAGGAGACGGCUAGAGAGGUUUUGGGUGUUUCGAGAGGCUGGUUUGGCCGACAUCAGGGGGAUUGGUGGUGGAAUGAAGAAGUUAAGAAGAAGGUGGCAUCGAAGAAGGUGGUUUACAUUAAGUUGGUUGAGAGUAAGGAUGAAGAGAACAGGUGGGUGAGCACAGAGGAGUACAAGUUAGCUAAGAAGAAGGCAAAGUUAGUAGUCUUUGCUGAGAAGGUUUGUGAGGUGAUUCACAAGAUGCGAAGAGGCAGGGCGACAGGGCUCGAUGAGAUUUCGGUGGAUUUUUGGAAGUUUGCUAGCGGGGCAGGGUUGAGGAGGUUGAACGAUUUGUUCAACAACAUUUUCAAGUCCGCUAAGAUGCCAGAGGCAUGGAGAUGGAGCACAAUGAUUCCUUUAAAUAAGAAUAAGGGUGACAUUUAG